CGGAGUAGUAAUGCUCCAUGUGCUCCAACUUUCUUACGAAUGGCUCUGUGGCUGAGUGGACUUGACCAGGCAGGAUUCAGGAGGUAUCUUUUUCUGCAUAACGGCUGCGUAUCGUCUCAUGGAAGUCAUCUAAGAGUCAGUAUGUUUACAUGUACAACGAGAAACCCAAGAAGACCGCGCCAUGUCGACCCCCAACCCUCAAAAGUCGUCCCUUCCUCCGCCGUCUAAAGACAAAGCGGCUUCCCCGAAAGUAACCUCUGAAGAUGUUGAACUCGAACCAGUACAGAAUGGUUCAGCAGAACGAGGUCUCCCUUUGGAGGAGGAUAUUAUGCAAUGCGCCCGCAUUGGCGCUCUCGAAUUCAUUCAGAAGAUGAUCCAGUCUGGGAAAUAUACUGCGUCGUACAAGGAUGAAGAGGGCAUCACCCCCCUUCAUUGGGCUGCCAUCAACAAUCAAUAUGCCGUGUGUAAAUACCUACUAGAACAAGGUGCAGACGUCAACGCGAAAGGAGGAGAGUCUAAUGCGACGGCUGUUAUGUGGGCUUCUCAGAGAUGUCAUUUCUACAUCGUCAAUCUCCUGCUGCAAAACGGCGCUGAUCCUCUAUUGACCGACGGGCAAGGCUACAACAUCCUCCAUCUGGCAACCAUCGACGGGAAUGCCCUCCUGAUGAUUCUCCUGCUGCAUCAGAAUAUACCUGUGGACAUUCCGGACCCUCAAGGACACACAAGCUUGAUGUGGGCAGGAUACAAAGGCUGGCCUGCCUGUGUUGACCUCCUUUUGCGCUGGGGAGCGAACGUGAAUGCAAGAGAUGAUAAUGGCUAUACCCCUAUACACUGGGCUCUGGUCAAGGGCUCCAAAGCCUGCUUGGAUAAACUGCUGGAAUACGGAGCGGACAGAUCUGCAAAGACCAACGAGGGCAAAACACCAAACGUCUGUGCCGAUGAGAUGAAUACGAAACGAGUGUAUCAUCGUUCGUUAGCCGACCAUGGUUAUGAUGCCUCGGGCAAUGUCAAGACUCUCCCACUUGGCCUACACACUGUAGUUCGUGAUCGAUCUGCGAUGGCCAAGUUUUUCUUCCUCUAUCCUUUCACAAUCAUCCCGAUCGGUCUUUAUAUCAUUAGUCACCUCAGCAUCUUCAUUGGUCUCCCGAUCUUUUUGGUGGUGUGCUUGGGAAUGCAAUACAUUGCACAACGAAUUGCCAUGAUCAGUCACCUCGAAUAUCACACCAUCCAUAAAACACCCUAUCUGGCAGGCAUUUUUGCUGGCACGUUAUUUUGGGUCGGCUUCAACUAUCUCACCGCGAUACUACCUGCCACAUUUUCCUCAAAUCUGUUGUCAAAUCUCUCGUUUGCGGUUUUCUAUGCCGGCACGAGCUACUUCUACUUCCUCUCUAUGUUCCAGGAUCCCGGUUGGGUUCCUAAGUUGGCCUCACGGAACCAGCAACGCGCCAUGAUUGAAGAGCUCUUCUCGCUCUGGAAAUUUGACGAAGAAAACUUUUGUGUUCAAUGCAUGGUUCGCAAGCCACUAAGGUCCAAACACUGCCGCCGCUGCCAUCGCUGUGUGGCCAAACAAGAUCACCAUUGCCCAUGGAUACAUAAUUGCGUCGGAAAUAACAACUUGCGCCACUUCUACAUCUACAUCCUUUGUUUGGAGGUGGGCAUUAUCCUUUAUGUCCGACUGGUGCUCGCCUACCUCUCUGUGCUCCCCACUCCGAGUGAGGACGCUGUGUCGAAGUGCAACAUUCUUGGCCCUGGACUUUGCGGGUUCGUGCUCCGCGAUCCCUGGACUGUAGCUCUUGCGUUUUGGGCCGUGCUUCAGCUCGUCUGGGUGACGAUGUUGAUAGUUGUGCAGUCGGUACAGAUAUCCAAAAACCAGACAACUUAUGAGAACAUGAAACGGCAUGAGCACUCUCAUGAGAACGCACCUUUGCUGCCGCAGCACGUACGACCGGUCACGCAGGGUGUUACGACAGCCACGUCCUCCCUCAACGACACAGCGGCUGCUUCAACACGGAUCAACCCUGUCCCACGACGUCCCGAGGGUUGCCUUUCACGCUGGAAGAAGAUUAUUGGUCUCGAUGCGUUCUUAGCCACCGCGUCAGAUGCCUCGCAUGGCAAACUCCGGUCUCGAAAUUCGAAUUCCUUCAGUCGCGGUAUCAUCGGCAACUGCAAGGAUUUCUGGUGCGAUCCGGCACCGGUUUUUGGCAAGAGGAAGAAUGGAGAGGGCUUCCUCGGCGGCGAAGUGGUGGAUUACGCACAUAUGUACGAUGUACCUCUGAGACUUCGGAGGGGCGCUGGUGGAAUGGCAUAUACCAGCGUUGCAACGGACGAUGAUGAGCCAUGAUUCUUUCGGUUCUGAUGGGAAUUGGAGCUUGUAAAUUUUGAUUCUUUCUUUGCCGAACCGAACGUGAAGCUCCCUGGGUGAUUCACGCGUGAAUUGAGCAAAGGUUCCUGGGGAUUCUUAUUUUGUGUCUCUUUCGGGAUUGAUGGAUCGACGAUCGGCAAGGAGAUCCAAACAAGAUACCAUUUUGUACAGAAAUCUUUGGAAACCUCUUUUUUCCUCACCUGGUCUCGCGUAGUCGUGAUCAUGUUCAACUUGACUGUUUCCUGACCCUGACCCUGCAAGGCAAGCCUCCCUCCAUUGGCAAGGUCAGACUGUUCGCACUCACUCUGUCGGGUAGGAG